UAGAAUUAGAAGAAAUUUCAAAGAGAAAGAGUCGUUCGUUUUCACCCGAGAAUCUCACGAUCUGUUAGGGAUCUUCCAGAUAUUCGGAUCUCGUUCACCUCCACCCGUCUUUAUAUAUCACACUCCCAUUCCCCUAAACAGUCAAUCGAAUCCAUCUCGAUCUUCCGAUGGCGACUUCCACUUGCUCCGCCGUCGAUCUGAUGCCACUUCUCGGUGGCGCCACCAAUGCCACCGCUGCGGCGCAGUUCAUCUGCGAUCAAUUCAACACCGUAUCCGACAAAUUCGCCGAUACUGGCCACGCCGUUGAUACCAGCUUCCUCCUCUUCUCCGCCUAUCUCGUCUUCGCUAUGCAGCUUGGCUUCGCGAUGCUCUGUGCAGGCUCUGUAAGGGCGAAGAACACGGUAAAUAUAAUGCUCACGAACGUGAUCGACGCAGCCGCCGGCGGUCUCUUCUACUUCCUGUUUGGCUUCGCGUUUGCCUUCGGAGGCCCUUCUAACGGCUUCAUAGGCACCCGCAACUUUGGCCUCUCCGGAUUCCCGUCGGAAUCGUUUGAUUUUAGCUACUUUCUCUACCAGUGGUGCUUCGCAAUCGCGGCGGCCGGAAUCACCAGCGGUUCGAUUGCAGAGAGAACGCAGUUCAGCGCGUAUCUACUCUAUUCGUCUCUCUUGACGGGCUUUGUUUACCCGGUCGUGGCCCAUUGGUUUUGGUCCGGCGAUGGUUGGGCCAGCGCUUCUAGAUCCGACGGAAAUCUUCUGUUCGGAUCUGGAGUCAUUGAUUUUGCUGGUUCAGGCGUUGUUCAUUUGGUCGGCGCCGUUGCAGGGCUUUGGGGAGCCCUAAUCGAAGGCCCUCGGAUUGGCCGGUUCGACCAGACCGGUAAAUCAGAGUCGAUCAAGGGUCAUAACGGGGCGCUGGUUGUUGUGGGCACUUUCCUUUUGUGGUUCGGGUGGUAUGGGUUCAACCCGGGUUCGUUUGUCACUAUCUCAAAGGCUUAUGGAACCGGAGGCUCGUUUUACGGCCAAUGGAGUGGCGUUGGCAGGGCGGCAGUGACAACCACGCUCUCAGGAUGCGCGGCAGCUCUGACCACGCUUUUCGCGAAGAAGAUGCUGAUCGGGCAUUGGAACUUGACUGACGUCUGCAACGGGUUGCUUGGCGGGUUUGCGGCAAUCACUGGCGGGUGCUCGGUAGUCGACCCGUGGGCUGCCAUACUAUGUGGGUUCGUGGCGGCUUGGGUUCUUAUUGGGUGCAACAUUGUGGCGGAGAAAGUGCAUUAUGAUGACCCGUUGGAAGCGGCGCAACUACACGGCGGGUGUGGAACAUGGGGGAUAAUAUUCACGGCGCUUUUUGCAAAGAAAAAGUACGUGAACGAGGUGUAUCCCGGUGUCCCUGGAAGGCCAUACGGGUUGUUUAUGGGAGGCGGAGUGAAGCUGUUGAUGGCUCAUCUGGUACAGAUUGUAGUGAUCUUUGGAUGGACGAGUGUGACGAUGGGUCCGCUUUUCUACGUGUUGCACAAAUUGGGGCUUUUGAGGAUAUCGCACGAGGAGGAGACGGCUGGAAUGGACCUCACUAGCCAUGGAGGUUAUGCUUAUAAUGAUGAUGACAUUAGGGAAGCCAAGAAAACUGAUUUCGCCAUGGUCACCCAGCAAGUUUAAUUCAUUCAAUUCAUUAAUCAAUUAUUAGUUUAGAUGUGAUUAUGAUGUAGGAGUGCAAUAUUGCAUGAAAUAAUCAAGCUAUACUAUUUCAUUCAUUUUAUUAUUCAUGAUCUCUUCCUCUAGCGUUUAUCUUAGAAACUCACUUCACAGUUUGCAUACUAGAUUCGCACCCG